AUGCCGCAUGCGCUCACAUUGGUGAGGCAGCCCAAGCCGCUGAAGCCGUUCAACGGUGAUCCAAGAGAGUGGGCUUUUUUCCUGGGGAAUUUCAACAGCCAAGUCUCCAAUGGCUUGUUAGACGAUUCACAGCGCUUGGUGCUGUUACGCGAAUCUCUAACGCCUCAGGUGGCAAAUCGAAUUAUUAACCUCCUCUAUGAUGGCAAGAAUUUUCAAGCAGCACUGGACGCGUUAACGAAGAGGUACGGGCACCCAUACUUAAUUGCGAGGGCACAUCUGGAAUCACUGUCACGGCUACCGACAGUGAAGGAAGAGUAUAGUUCCCUGUCACAUUUCGUUGCUGAAUUGAACUCGGCCGUAGCAGCUUUACAAGGAACGGGUUACGACUUGGAGUUGAAGUCGACCACAUUGUUGACCCAAUUGUUAGGAAAACUACCAGUAACUUUACGUCGGAAAUGGGGAUCCCACGUCACGGGAAUUUUACCGAAUCAGCCUACUUUGCUCGAUUUCAACGAUUGGAUUGAAACGGAAUCACUCGGUGUGCUCUACGGCUCCCUACACGUCACGACAACGAAAUCGUUAGAAGGAAUCGAGGCAAACAGCCGAAGAUAG